UUCCGGAAAUCGAAACUUAUCGAUCUGAACGAUACGAAGAACUGAAAGCGAGCUCGUGUCUGUGAUCGAUGUCGGUGUGAGCUGACACUGUCAGUACCGUGUUAAAUUGAUUAAUAAACACGGUAAUGCGUCUUUUAAUGGUCGUCCGCUGAAGAUAUGACGCUCUGCGUGGCGCUCACGUGCUGAUCAACUUCUGUCACUGUUAUUUUUAGUUCAUUUAUUAACUGUGCAAUGGAGUCUCUGUCGGGGAACUAUAUUUCUCAGCUGAACGAGUACCAGCAGAAGACCCAGUGCAGCGUGGAGUAUGAGGAGGGGUCCACAGAGGGACCGAGUCACAACAAAACGUUCUCUAUGAGGGCUGUAGUUGAUGGGCAGCGGUAUCCUGAGGGCACUGGGAAAUCCAAGAAAGAGGCAAAGCUAAAUGCGGCCAAGAACGCAUAUGAUGGCAUAAAAAACACUCCAAAUACUGAACCU